UACAACUACCUUCUAUCAUGGGAAAAGCCAGCAGCAAACUAAGUCCAGAGGUUUUGGACGAGCUAUCAAAAAAGACUCGCUUCGAUAAAAAGGAACUGCAGCUUUGGCAUAGAGGCUUUCUUAAAGACUGUCCAAGAGGGAGUCUUGACAAAAAAGACUUUCAAAAGAUAUUCAAGCAGUAUUUCCCUUUUGGUGACUCGUCAAAGUAUGCUGGAUAUGUGUUUAGGCUUAUGGAUCUUGAUGGCAAUGGCGAGCUUGACUUUGUUGAAUUUAUGACUGCCUUGAGCGUAUCAGCUAGAGGAGAUAUCGAGGACCGACUGUCCUGGUCAUUUGCACUGUAUGAUCUGGAUGAAGACGGUUAUAUUGGCGAGGCUGAGAUGCUUUGUAUUGUAGACUCUAUCUAUCGCAUGAUUGGAACAACAGAUGGCUUGCAACCUAACGAACUAAUGCCAGAACAACGUGUAGCCAACGUAUUUGCCACCAUGGAUUUGGAUCAUGAUGGUCGCUUAAGCUAUGAAGAGUUUAAACAAGGUUCUAAACUGGACCCAUCUAUAGUUGCUGCAAUGGAUCUAUAUAGCGGACUUAUUUAACUAUCCUUAAUCUAAAUAAACCAGUAUCUUUUUUG